GGAGAGACUUGCUGGUGCACCCAGUUACUGAGGAGGGAUCCAGGGGAGUCACAGCCUACCUGCCUGGCAAAGACGAGGUUUGGUUUGACGUCCACACCUUCCAGAAGCACAAUGGCGCCCAGAACCUCUACAUCCCUGUCACCAUGAGCUCUAUCCCCGUGUUCCAGCGAGGCGGCUCCAUUAUUCCCAGGAAGCUUCGAGUUCGGAGGUCUUCCACCUGCAUGGAGGACGAUCCCUACACGUUAUUUGUGGCUCUUAACCCCCAGAGAGCUGCCGAGGGUGAGCUCUACAUAGACGAUGGCCACACCUUCAACUAUGAAAAGAAGGAUUUCAUCCACAGGAGGCUGUCCUUUGCCAACAACGUCCUCUCUUCUGUUAACCUGGCUCCAGAUGCCCAGUUUUCCACCCGCUCCUGGAUUGAACGCAUUGUCAUACUAGGAGCCAGUAAGCCCAACAAGGUUACCCUUAAGGCUGCUGAAGGUCAGGAGAGCCAGGUAGAGUUUGAGUUCGAUGCCUCCAUGUCAGUGUUGACGCUCCGCAAGCCCGGCAUGAACGCAGGGCUGGACUGGGCUGUGAAUCUUCAGUAACCACAGAGACGGAGGAGGAGGAAGAGGAGGAGGAGCAGCAGCAGGAGGAGAAGAUGACUGACCUGGAUUAAGUGGAAGAAAGAACCAGAAAAAGGCACUAAUACCCAUGACUAACUAAAGCAAGACUACUGGAUAGCCAUUGAGGAAAUUUAAGGACAUAAACACACACACAACACAUUAAAUACACAGUUUUAAUCCCUACACACACCCCCCAUGUUGAUAUGUUUAGUCGAACUGAGCCACGCAACGUCUCUGCCGUGUCCCUCUUGUGUUCAGUUGCAGUGUAAUACCUAUAAAAAAGAAUAAAAAUUUAAAAGAGGGUUACUACUAGAUAGAUAAUUAUGUUUGUCACGUUUUGUCAGAGAGAUGACAAUUGAACAACACAAAAAAUGUCAUUGUAAUGAAUCUUUGGGGAUAAGAAAGAAAACAUUCGAGGACUCGGUUAACUUUUUUAAAUGAAUUGUCCACUUGGUUGUACAUCCAGUCUGCCUCAGAGAAAAGAUCACUGUGUGGGGAUUGUUUGCUAUUUAAAAUUAAGGUUCACAUUCAAAGCACAUGCUCCACCUGCUGGGGAUUCCCUCUCUGUUUCUGACUUGAAACUCUCCAAAAAAGAAAUUCAUUCCAUCCCUCUUUUAAGCAAAGCACUUCAACCAGCUAGGAGCUCGACCUUCUUUCACUCGCCACAUUAGAUAUUGGAAAAGGCUUGCCAACUGUCGGCUGUGUGGCUCAACACUUUCCUUUCAUCCCUGCAGUACUUUCACUUUCCUGAUUCCACAAAAUGGAAAGAAAUCAUCUUUCUUACCGAUCCUGUCCAGUUCAUUCUCUCCCUGAAUCCAUCAGGGAUGAAUUUGUGUGCAUGGAAAUGAUUUAAUAUCGCUUCAAAAGUGAUGAAGUCGUUCAGCCGCUGCACAGAGAGAUUUUCAGUUCACUUUUGAGCAAACUUGGCCAGGGGAAUCACUUCAGGGCUACUGAACCACUUAUGUUUGUGGAUCAUCCUGCUUUCUUUCUUUUAUCGAGUUCUCUUUCCAGUGUUGUUUACUAGAUUAUUUUUAAUGCACUUGAGGAAGAGUGAGAACUUUCAAGUUGUUUAGAUUUUUCAUGUGUAACUAGACGUCAGGAGCAUCCACGUUUUUCCAGCGUGUCAUUUGGAUCUUCAUGAACAGGUCAAAUCUUGUGCUUGGAACGUGUUUCACUAGCAGUCGUGAAUAUUCAAAUGAUUCUCUUGAGGCUCUGGAUUGUGUCCUGACUAGUGAAAUCAUCUGACCUUUUUAGGAGUUUUGUUCUAUGAGUUUGUCUUCCUGAUUGUUUUUAUGAUCAUAAAUGUACAUGUUGCUACAAUUUUGUUGGCGGUGGCUUGAAUCGUGGAAAUGGAAGUUGAGGAACAGACUUCAGCUGUCAAUCAAAAUUGUCAGAUGUACUCUAAAAGAUGAGACCAAGUGAAAAUAAAGUUGACCAAAUGUAAAAGAA